AAAAAGAAACAGAAAGGGGCUGCUGUUGAAAAAAAUAAAGAGUCAGGGACUUCAGAGCAAAAAGUUGCCAUAAAUGUUGGUGGUAAGGGAAAAAGGACAAACCCUCAACAGUUUCAAUGUCCAUGGGUUAUAUUAAUAUCAAAAGAAAAAGGGGCUGAGAGUUGGUUGGUCAAAACCCUAAUCACUCAACACACAUGCCUUCAAACCCGGAAGCACUAUGCUUGUACUUCAAAAUUUCUGUAAUGUUAGAACAAAUUGAUAAGAACCCAGAUAUACCAGUUAAGGCUGUUCAGGAGCAAUUUCAAAGGCAAUUUGCUAUUGGGAUUUCCAGAAUGAAGGCAUACAGGGCUAAGAAACUAGCCAAGAAGCAUGUAGAAGGGGAUUAUGUUGAGCAGUAUGCACUGUUGAGAGAGUAUGCUAAUGAAUUGAUCCAACAAAAUCCAGGUACUACUGUAAAAAUUGAAGUAGAAGCAGGUCCAGAUCCAGGGAAUAACACAAGACAGUUUAGAAGAAUAUAUGUCUAUUUGGCUGCUUUGAAAUAGGGCUUUAAAGCAUUAGGUAGGGAUUUCUUGGGACUUGACGGGGCAUUUAUGAAAGGACCAUUCCCAGGUCAGAUCUUAACUGUUAUGGGUGUUGACAACAACAAUGGUAUCUACCCUGUUGCUUAUGCAAUUGUUGAAUCUGAAAACAAGGACUCCUAGAUGUGGUUUUUAGAGUUGUUGGGUGCAGAUCUUGAUAUAGGGAGCAAUUCCAAUUUUACUUUCAUAAGUGAUAGGCAAAAGGGAAUAUCUUGAACGUGAUAGAGAAUAGUGAAGGGCUGCUGACACCAAAAGCAACUGAAAUGUUUGAUAAGAUCAAGCAGGAUGCAACUCACUACCAUGUUCAGUGGAAUGGAGGGGAUCACUACCAGGUCAGUGGCAAACCGAAUAGUGCUCACGUGGUGAACUUGGCUGCAAGGACUUGUAGUUGCAGAGGCUGGGAAGGAACAGGUAUGCCAUGCAGACAUGCUGUGGCUGCAUUAUGGGAGAAGGCUGCUACUGGUGGAAGGGUGGGUGCUCUAGAGAGUUGGGUUCAUCCAGUUUACACCAUGGAUAGGUGGAAAUUGGUGUAUUCAUUCAAGGUUAACCCAAUUAAUGGUCGUACUUUAUGGACAAAGAUUCAACUUCCGACAACUAUUGUACCUCCAAAGCACCAUACACAAGUCGGAAGACCAAAAAAGUUGAGGAAAAGAUCUGCAAUUGAGCUUGAAGAGUUGACCCAAUCUGGUAGGUUGUCCAAAAAGCAAACUAAGGCUACAUGCACAAAGUGUAAGAACACCAGACAUAAUUCAAGGACAUGCAAAGGUCAAGCUGAAGCGGGUACUAGUGCAACUGCUGGGAAAUCGGGUAAACGUGCAAAAGUUGUGAAACCUGGGAAGGGUGGAAAUUGACCAUUUGGCUGCUUGUUUGUGAUGUUGGCUAUUUCGUAGUCUAUUAUGUAUUUUGAACACUACUUGUUUGUGAUGUUGGCUGCUUAUGUAUUUUGAACACUACUCGUAGUCUUUUGACCAAACAUCUUAUGGUAUGUUAUCUAUGAAGUUUUAA